CCUCUUUGCUCCCAGGCGGCCAACGCAGAGCGCGCCCCGGGGAUCUGAACUGCUGCUGCUCGAGGCCAGGCGGAGCCGUGGGUGCGCGACCCCCCCGGCCGGAAGGCGAGCAGUUUGCACCGGGAAGGUGGGCUGGUGCAGCUCCUGCUGACAUGGAACUCAUGUCAUCCAUAAUGCAAAAAAUCAGUCUGUUGGAACAAAAAAUAGAUAAACAAGCACAAGAAAUCCAACUGAAGGACAGGAGGAUUGCUGAACUUGAAGAGAAAAUGAAGACUCUUCAGAAAGGAGAAGAUGCUCCUGACUCGUCCACAGCAGAGGACCUGGAAAUGAGGUGCCUUCAGCUGCAGACCCAGGUCUGGGAGAUGGAGCGGUUCCUAAAUGACUAUGGUCUGAUUUGGGUUGGAGAGAGGCAUGAACAGCUGGAAGAUUUACAGUCACUCAAAGAUGAAGACCUGCCAGCAAAGAGCCUCUGGAAGCCAGGUGAGGCAGUUGUUUCCAAACAUGAGAUUGAUUUUGAUUUAAUCUUGGAAAACGUGAAGGAUUUGAACGUGCUAGCUGGAGAAGGCAUUUGUCAAAUUGAGCACACGCCUCAGGGUGCCCGGCUGAGACAGCAAGAACCCCUCCCUCUUACGCUGUAUCAGAAUGGGAUCGUCAUGUUCGAUGGACCCUUUCGGUCCUACGAGGAACCAUCAGCACAGCAAUGCCUGCAGGAUAUUAUGGAUGGCUAUUUCCCUUCAGAGUUGCAGAUGCACUACCCUGAUGGCAUCCCUUUUCAGGUCACCGACAAAAGGGAUGUGGUAUUUCAGGAGGGAGACCUUCCAGGGAGUUUCCCUGGCCACGGCCAAGCGGUUGGCCAUUCAGAAUCACGCAAGGUGCAGGAAACCGACGAGAUCCCAGGUCCCAAACCCUCCUCGAAGCAGUUUCUGAACAAACUUUCUAAGUCCUCAGUCCCUGGAGGAGAAGCGAUCAACAUCCGAGACUCAGUCAGAGCAACACAGCAGGGCUCUGAUGAGAUGUGGAGCAACAGAGAGAUCUUGGUGGAGACACCCAGACUGUCUGCCCUGAAGAGGUUAAAGAGGACCGAAGAGGCUGGGGCUCCUGCCCCUGAAAUCUGCACUCUCCGCAUAAAGUCUGAGAGCGGGGAGCAGACGUACAUCGUGAGGAUGCUGUUCACAGAGACCAUAGGGGAACUGCGCCAGCAUCUUGCCCGUGCCAGGGGUGGAGACUCCAGCUCGUAUGAAAUCAUCAGUACCUUUCCCCAGCGGGUGUACGCAGACAACUCCAGGAGCCUGCAGGAAUGCGGCCUGAUCCCCCGUGCCUCCUUGCUGCUGCGGAGAAGAGACCCCCUCCCACGAGAGGGGCAGGGCUGUACGCACCAUAACAGCUCCUAGAGCUGCUGCCCUUGCACUGUGAGCUGUGUUAUAACCUCCCCCUGGCUGGCAAGAGCAAGAGUUGUCUUUCCAGAUCCAGUUUCAUUGCGCCGUUAGCUGGGACAGAGAGGAGGGCUCCUGCUUUGGCCUCCCUUUGGCACGGGGUGCCUGCCACAUGGCAGCCCCAGUCUCCUGCUGCCUUGUGGGUGGGUGUUCUUCCCCAGGCAGUUGGGUUCCUAACACAGGGGAUUUCUGUCAGCUCAGAGACCUGGUUUCUCACCUCUGCUGAAGGUUAUACGGGCUGAUCCCUGCUCAGGAAGACUGGCAGCUUUACACUGGUACUGGGGCAGUCACUGGCUGGGCUCAGGGACUCUGUAGCAGCACUCCUCUCCGGGCAGGACAGGCAGCCAGCCAGGGCCAGCCUGCUUUCCACACUGCUGUUCCCCCGAGAUUUCAUCUGCAUUUACACCGCGAGAGAAACAGGCUCAGUUAUAUGGUCUCGAGCAAUGGCCUUGGGCCACUGCACUGCUGGGACUGAGCCAGACCCAGUGCAGCCAGGAGAUCCUGCGACUGGGUUUCCCGUACGUGAACAGCUUCUGCCCUUGGACAGCCCCCAGCUCCAGAGGGGCUGAGGCUCACAGCUACACCGAACGAGCCUGCCGUGGCCCUGAGCUGCUGGCCUUCCUUCCUCCCAGCCCGCUGCAACAGGACACCGUGUCAUCGGAGAAGAACAUAAUCCCUCCGGUUCUUCCCUGCUGAACCCCGAGAGUAAACCAUCUUCCCCUCCUGUGGGCUGGGGCUGUGCUCUGCAGGCCCCUUUCCCAAGACAUUCUUCCCAUUUCGGCUCCAACAAGUUCCCACUUGACUCCCAGCUGACAACACUCCCACUCGUGCAAGGCAGCACCUUCAGGCAGGUUCCCCUUUAGCAGAGGCCCAGCACAUGCUGCCACCCAGCCCUCAUUAAAGGCUCCCAGCAUCUAUUUAGUUGCAAUUUCCACUUCUGUAAACUUCGAAUUAGCUACGGAAGGAGGCAGGAUCCCCUGAGCACUUCCUGGAACUGCUCUGCCUUCCCCAGGCCCCUCUGGCUGGAGCGUGGCCGUGCACUGCUCAUACGGGAAACGCCACCAGCACGGGCCAGCUGCUUCCACAGGCUCCCUGUGACCAGUGACUCAGUCCCUGCAGCUGUAAAUGAGCUUCCUUCUUUUUCCACCUACAGCACGUACAGGAGCGUACCAGGGACCCUCCUACAGAGCAGCCUUUUCCACUGCCCCUCUGCUGUGAGCCAGUCUAUAAACCACCAGGGAAUUUUUACGCUACAGGUUUGUUUUUUUUCCCCAUGGGUCUGUCUGAAGCUGUCCCUCCCCCACGCUGUCGUUCUUACCCCACGCAGGAGAGGGCUGCUUGAGAGGUACCUGUCACUACUGCACUGCAGGGGAUUCAGACAGGUCCCACGAGCCUUUGAUUAGUGGCAGCAGUCUGAGGUGUUAAGGUCUUUGUGUCAAGCUGAAGCAGCGAGUACAACUGACUCAGCUCCUCCGAGCUGGAACUGACUCGGAAUCGUUAUGGAGGAUGAUGUUUAACCUGUAGUCAAGAUAAAACCAAUUUAAAAGAAACCCACGAGUACCAACACAAAAGGUACAGUAACGUUUAAUAGCAUCUCGGAAGACGACACUGGUUAUAAACUUGCUUUUUGGCAGGAAAACAAAAUGCACUUGGUCCAGGUUGCAAAAAGCCAACUCAAAAAGGAAAGGUAAGACAGCUGGAGCAUCAGCUGUUCCGGAGCAGCCCUGAGCCAUUAAUGCUCACGAGGGAGCCCUUGCACUGCAGCAGAGGGCACCGAGGGAGCAGCACAGGUCCCAGUUUUGGGCCUAUCCAUCCCCCUCACGCAGCCUGCCAAGGGACACGAGCCCUACACCUCAGCCCCAGCCUGCUCCGUGGUGGGCGGUCAGACCCAGCUUUGUGCAGUAUUUCUGCAUUAAAUU